AUGUCAGAACUAAAUACUCAUCAUGUAUCGACUAAUAUAUCAUCAGCUCAACCAAAAGUGACAAGUUUGUUAUCGAACUAUCAUCGACCAGUAAUAAAAAUGUCGUCAAGAGCAGCUAAUAACGAUUUCACUAAUUAUACUGCAUUAGAUACAUUCAGGCGAGAAACUGUACGUAAAGAAGAAGAAGCAGAACGAUUAUGGAAAACAAAGUUUGAUCCAUGGUUAAUGGAUGAAUAUCAAGAAAUGUAUGAAAGUAUAGGAAAAAAUCGUGGUAUACCUCCUGAUAAUCGUGUUAUUCCACUUAAGCGUUCUGAAUGGCAACAACCAGCAGAUGCAUUACCUCCAUUAUAUAAACGCUUGAAUGGUCAACGACGUCGACGUUUAUUAGGCUCGUUUCCUGAAACAGAAAACGAUAAAAUUGGUUGGCGUCUUUUACCAGAACAUGCUAUUAAUAUGUAUGGUUCAAACACAGCAAAUAUACCACCAUUACCGAAACAAUACAAAAUAUCUAGUUAUCCCGGUUGA